UCAUUUGUUUAGAAUCGUUAAUUAACGUAUAAUUUAAUUAAUUAAUUAAUUUAUUUUUGAAAUUAAACAGUAUACUUGUGAGUGAGUGUAAUUUUGUUAAAUAAUCUUGUUUGAUUUAUUAAGCAGACCACAGAAAGAAAAAGUGCAGAGAAUUAUAAUUUAUAAAGCAGUGCAGUGCAGCUGACAGUCGGCAUUCGGAAAUUGAAAAUCAAAGAUCAUCUGUACCCUCAAUGGAGUAUCGGAAAAUCAAAGAUCAUCAUCAGGAUAAAGAUGUGGAUCCAAUUGGUGAUGAUGAUAUAGAGAACCUACGUGGGAAAGCUCUUUCAGGCGUUCCUGCUACUAAUUUGGCCACUUUGGGAGGCAGCUUUAGUGAACGAUCUAAAUGGAAGCUCAAGUCAGUUGUUACACUUGCAUUGACUCUUCUUACAAGUUCACAGGCGAUCCUUAUUGUCUGGUCCAAGAGAGCUGGAAAGUAUGAGUACAGUGUUACAACUGCAAAUUUCUCGGUAGAGGCUUUGAAAUGUGCAUUAUCACUUGCAGCCUUGGUAAGAAUAUGGAGAAAUGAAGGUGUUACUGAUGAUAACAGGUUGAGUACAACAUUGGAUGAAGUUAGUGUUUACCCGAUACCUGCAGCACUUUAUCUUGUAAAAAAUUUGCUUCAGUAUUACAUUUUUGCUUAUGUUGAUGCUCCGGGGUAUCAAAUAUUGAAGAACCUGAAUAUUAUCAGUACUGGUGUUUUAUACCGAAUCAUUCUUAAGAAGAAGUUAAGCGAGAUUCAAUGGGCUGCUUUCAUUCUAUUAUGUGCAGGGUGCACCACAGCACAACUUAAUUCUUCUUCUGAUAGAGUCCUUCAAACUCCUUUUCAAGGUUGGGUGAUGGCCAUUGUUAUGGCACUUCUAAGUGGUUUUGCAGGAGUUUACACAGAGGCUAUAAUUAAAAAACGCCCUUCGAGGAACAUAAAUGUGCAGAACUUUUGGUUAUACGUCUUUGGAAUGUGCUUCAAUGCUAUUGCAAUACUGAUUCAAGAUUUUGAUGCUGUCAUGAACAAGGGGUUCUUCUAUGGAUACUCAUUAAUUACAACUCUCAUGAUUCUUAAUCAUGCACUGAGUGGCAUUGCUGUCUCUAUGGUCAUGAAGUAUGCUGACAAUAUUGUGAAGGUGUAUUCUACUUCAGUGGCGAUGCUGUUGACAGCAGUUGUUUCUGUGUUUCUAUUUGGGUUUCAUCUCUCCCUCCCCUUUUUCCUUGGCUCUACCGUUGUGUCUGUCUCGGUAUAUUUACACUCCAUUGGGAAGCUGCAAAGAUAGUGAGGACCUGCUUUCUUCCAACCUGCUUUCUUCCAACCAAAUUGCGCUGUCAAUGUAGAGGCUAAUAUUCAGCAAAACUUUUUUUGUUUUUGAUUUGUUUUUGGACUGAUUCUCUUGAAUUUCUAGUUCAAAUCUUGGUUUAGAUAGGCAUGUGAUGAAGAUAUUUUUUUAAUGUAAUAUCUUUGACAUUCUAGAAAACAAUUUUUUGCAGUGUUGACAGUUGAACAUUGAAGGUUAAUACAAUGGUUAUAUAUAUAUAUAUAUAUAUAUUUUCCU